ACCAUCAUCUGCCGGACUGUUUCGGUUGGUUCAGAAAUUUACUUCAACAGAAACAAUUUCAUACGCACUCUGCAGAUUUCUUGGCACCCUUACAGUGAUACGCACUUGGGAAUCUUGUCCUCUGAUUCUGUUUUCAGAAUAUUUGAUUUGUCUGUGGACAUUGGGCAGCCAGAACAGGAAUAUUAUUUGCAACCUGUAGAACCUGGCAAUUCCAGUAAUGCUGCAGCAAUAUGUCCAGUUGAUUUCUCUUUUGGGGGGGAUCAUUUGUGGGAUAAAUUCAGUGUUUUCAUCUUGUUUAGUGAUGGAUCCAGUUACAUAAUCUGCCCUGUUGUUCCUUUUGGAAGUGUGUAUAAGUGGGAAUCAGUUCUGGAAAUGUAUAAUGAUGCUCAGACAUUCGGGCUAAAAUCUUCCAAUUCAAAAGCUGUUAAUAAUUCUAAUAUGGCAAUCUCUUGGCUGGAGGCAACAUUUCCAGAAUUAGUUCGUCAAGCUGGAGAUGGUGCACAAUCGUAUGCAGUUAAAGCUCAGCCUUUUGUUUUAUUGGAUGCAUCAGUGGCAUUGCAGGGACCUCUGCGCAAAGUAUGCCAUAAUGUGACAGAAGAUUCUGAAAUUCAAAAAGGAAUAUGCGAAGGGCGUGCAGUCAGUUGUCUCUACAAUUUAGUUGGCAAAGAUUCAGUUCUUGUGACUGCUUGGAGUGGUGGGCAAUUGAAACUGGAUGCUUUAGCUGAUGAAAUUCAGCCAGUUUGGAAGAUGGGUAUUGCACCCCGUCUUUGUGUUGAUUCAUCUGAUCAGAUACUUGGUGCUGCUAUGAUUUGUGAGAGUGCUCCAAGUGAUCGCUCUGUUUUGAAGCUUGAUCAGCCUCCUCAUCUUACUGCUUGGUUGGGCCAUCCACCUCCUCUGCUGAGGUUGGCCAUCGUGGAUUUGGCUUUGCCCGAUAAAUGUAAUUCUCUGAUUGCGAUGAUGACUGAUCCUCUUGUUCCUGAAAGAAUAUUUUGUGUUCAUGCUGGAGGGAUAGAUUCAAUUGUCUUGCAUUUUCUCCCUUUCACUAACCAGACAAGUAGCAAGGAAGAGUCAAUGAGAACUCCAUCAGUUCUUUCUGUUCUUAGUACAUGCCCAGGCGACUCAUCCUCACCAUCACCUCUUCAUGGUUUCUUGGCCUUGUCAGAUUCAUUUGGAAGUUCAUGGAUUGUGGGACUUACCUCUUCUAAUGACUGUAUAGUGCUACAGAUGGACACUUGGAACGUGUUGCUUACUGAUGCUGUUGAGAAGGUGACAGAAGCUGGUACUGUAGACGAGCUAAAAGAGACUGAUACACAGACAAUAAUCAGCAAAGAACUCCUUAGUGGGCCUAAGGCAGUUCUAUUGCCCCCUUCUGCACCAAGUUUACGCUCUGUCACUGCUGAUUCUAUUGAAGGGAGGUCAAUGCUUCAUCAGUAUUUCAAGCUAUUUCAUGAAAAUUAUGUGGAGUAUGCACACAAGGUGUACUUUGAACUCCAGCAUCACGCACCUCAACUGAAGAAAAUAAUUGACAACCAGCAUUCCCGGCUACGAGAAAUGGAGCAGAAGCUUUUGGAAGUUGAAAGAAAGAAGGAAAAGAUAGAGGACCGCAUAGACCGAGCUGUUAAGGUUCAUAGUUCCCUGGAAGAACGGUUGCAAAACUUGAGGAGCCUGCCUGGAUCACACAAGAAGCCACUUUCAAAAGCUGAGAGAGAUUUCAAGUUGGAACUUGAUAAUUUCACUGGGUUGGAGUUGGAUGCGUUGCACUCCUCCAUUGAGGCUCUACAUGGCAGGUUGAGAAGACACAUGCAUUCUCCACAGCAGGCUGAUUCCCCAAACAGACAAACAGUGAGAAAAGGGAACAAGAGGAUUCAAGAAGAUGAAAUAUCUCAACUAAAAUCUUCACUUGAAAAACUGUCACUGAUAAACAGCGAGAACAGCAGGAAGGUAAAACUUGUUGAAUCUGCAUUGAGAAGCAGGGAAAUCAGUGAUUGAUAUCAAGUUGACCCAUUCAGCAGAUUGUAUUUUGAAGGUUGGGAGAUAUCAACCUUCCCUAUCUGCUAAGACGAGCAGGCCUGUAACUGUUGAUGUAGGGAGAAACACUUGUAUGUAUUGACAAUCAAAUACGUGGAGAGAAGUUGAUGGUCUUAUUACAUGGUGGAAAUGAAAUUUUACAAGAAACUGGCUGGCUAGUCGUCCACCUACAGUAACACUAGUGAUAAUAAUAAUAAUUAAACUAGAGUUUGGAUGAAGGUUUGGGAUUGGGCGGCAUACCACCCAUACACUCAUCAGCAGCAGCGGCGCUCUGUUUCUCUUUUGUUUCUGCUUUUUCUUCUCCCAUUCUGACUUCUUUCCCCUUUUUGAGUUGGUGGUUUUUGGGAAGGGGAAUAGCGGUUUCCGGAGAGUACAACUCCCCUUGUCCCUUCCCGCUUGGCUCCUCGUCUUUGCCUUUCUCCU